CUGCCAUCGAUGGAAUUCCCAGCUCUACUGCUGCCCUCCGGCCGGAACAGCUGAUUCCUUAUAUACCAAGUGACUGCAACAAUUAAAUAGAGCUGAGGUAGAGGCAGAGCAGCAAAAACAUCAAGUACACAGGCCCCAGCAGCCAAGAUGCGCGAGCCCAAUGUGUAUGUGAUUCUAUCGCAUGCGUUGAUUGGCUCUGGCUUCUUCUUUCUGUAUAUGCAGCAUGUUCGUGUGAUUUUCGAGACACGCACAAAUAUCCAUCAAUUGAGUCAAUUGGAGAAGGAAUCACUGAUCCGUAACGAGGACGCCUUAUAUUAUAGCUUCUAUAAGAAGCUAGUAGAUGGACCAAAUUUUUGGCAUGGCUAUGAGCAAUUGAAAAAUGUCACCGACAUUGAAUAUCCACAAAGUGUAAAUGUUUUGCAACGUUUCUAUGUCCUACCCGAAUUGGUUACGGCAUAUGUUUUCCAUAUAGUACGAUCGGGCUAUAAUCCUAUUUUGCAGCCAAUGCAAUUCUAUUUCGAAUUCGUUUGGAUAAUGGGCGGUGUCACUCUGUUGGUUCUCUAUUUGUAUGGCAUUAUGCUGAGCGAAAAUGUCUUUGGCGGUAUCUAUGGUGUGAUCUCGUAUCUAAUGUUUCAUAGCUUUGCUGCCAAAAUCUAUGAACGUCCCUUGGCAAGGGAAAAUUUUGCAUUCCCCUUUAUAUUUCUGCAAAUGUUUUAUCUUUGCUUCUGCAUUGGUCAGGUCAUCUAUACGCAAAGACACAGCUCCAGAUUGUUAAAGAUCUUUACUAUGUCGAUAUUCAUUGCCAUUGCUCUGCUCUCCUGGCAAUUCUCCACAUUCAUAUUUACAACGCAAAUUUUGAUUGUGAUGACAUCAUGGAAUAUCAGUGUCAUGCCCACGGGCACAGCGAAUGCAUUCGCUUUGGACUUUUCCAUAUCACAUCUGUUGGGCAAUGCAUUGGCCUUCAUCAUUUCGCAUGGCAAUGGCCAAUUGCUCUUCACAUGGCAAUUGAGUGUCUCGCUCAGUCUAUUCCUAAUCACAAUGGUGCGACAAGUGCGCAGUCGUCGCCUGACCAAUGAUCCCCUGCAGGGUGAUUAUUUCUCAUUGAAAUUCAUUUUGCUCGCUCUACUCUUUGCGAGCAGCAUGCAGGCCAAAUUGCUUGACCUAUUGGUCAAGGCCGGCAUGCUGAAUCCUCAGGAUAAUACCUGUGUGCAUUACUGUGAUCUCUGGGCCCACUGGGCGCUGCAGAUGAAGGUAAACUUUGUCACCAAUUUAUCUGCAUGCAAUCCGCAUUAUGUGCCAGUUGCCUGGUCCGAAUUGUGGCAAUUGGUUAAGACAUUGAUCGUUAAACCGUAUUGCAUGUACGGUGUGGUCAUGCUGGCCAUGUUCUUUCGCAAAUGGCGCAAAUCUAAUGUGCCACAACGGGCUGCUAGCCAAGAGCAACGGGAACGAGCCCGCAACUAUGUGCUCGAGGAUUUCCUCGAAGAGCAUCGUGUUUCCAUGUCCGAAAUGUCUAAUAAACAGACCGAACAGCAGCUACAAAAAUGCCUAAAAAUGCUCGAGAGUUGUGAUCAUGACUAUGAGCGAUAUAAACGUGAAAAGGCUAAAAUGCAGCAGGAACAACCAGCUGAACGGGAUGAUUUCAUAGCCGAUAUAAAGCGUUUGAAAGAGCAAAUAAAUCGUAACAAAGAGCGAGAGCAGGGCGAAAACAAAGAUGAACUGCAACAGCAGCAAGCCCAGACCCAGGACACAGAAGCAGAGAAAACGUUCAUUCCUGCUUCUGAUCCUGCAGCCGAUUCCACUUCCACUACAACAACAACUACUAAUACUAUAAAUGCCACUAAGGAUAAGGAGAAAACGGAAGAAACCUUGCCGUCCAAAACCACUGAUGAGACAACCAACAAGUCAUCAUCAUCAUCGUCAUCGUCACCCAAUCGCAAUGGCCAUUCAUCAUCCCAUACGCAUAAUCAUAACCAUUCCCAUUCCCGUUGCCAUCGCUCACAUAGGAAUUCCAUGUCAUCCACAUCAUCGUUCUCGGUUGUGCCCACAACAAAUGCACAAAUCCUUAAUCUUCAUUAUAUGUAUAGCUUCCUUCAAAUGCUUGUCUUCACCGUUAUCGGCCUCACAGUGCGCAAAUUGUUCUUCCUUAGCUUUACUCAGGGUUGUGUUAUAGCUCCAACUGUAUGCUCCAAAGUCUGGUAUCAUCGACAGCGCAAUAUCUUUUGGUCUGUCUCCUUGGCCGUCUUCUUACUCAGCAUGUUUGAUCCCGGCAUGGUGAACAUACGUGAAGAAUACUUUCCAACACGUUAUACCCAAAAUACAGACGAUUUGGAUAGUAUGCUGGAAUGGAUUAAAGUCAAUACAGAGAGAGAUGCAGUUUUUGCCGGACCCGUGGAGAUCAUUGGCACUGUUCACUUGACAACCAAAAGGCCAAUUGUUAAUCAUGCCCAUCUUGAGAUGCGACAAAUUGCUGAACGUACGGAGCAUGUCUAUUCGGUAUAUAGUCGUCAACAAUCUUCAGAUAUCUACAAUCAGUGCUCACAAUUGAAAAUUCAAUACUUGAUCAUAUCGCUCGAUGAGUGCACCAAUGAAGUGCGGGAUGACUGUGAUAUUCUAUCUAUAUGGGAUGACAAGCAGCCUACUUACCGCAAUUAUCCGCAAUUCUGUCAUGAAUUGCUGCACAAGAAUGUGCCAAGUUUCCUUAAAGUCUAUGCGAAUGACAAUUAUGGGAUUAUCAAGAUGUUCUCACAAUCGGUACAAAUCAAUUUGAAGCACAAUAAAAUGCCCGAAAUGUCCAUUUGAGAGGAGAAUUGUUGCCGUUGCCAUAGUCCAAGCCAAUGUCGUCGCCGUCGCCGCCAUCGCAGCAGCAGGAGAAAGAGCGGUCAACGGAAGCAUAAGGAUUAGGAAUUUGGCGGAAGAAAGAGAUGGAUUGAAAAAGACUGUCACAUUAAACCUUUUUCCAUCCUCCUUUACCUUCUCGACAACAAAAGGAAAACAAAUAUAAAAACAACAAAAACAAAAAACCAGACGACAC